CUUUUGAUUUUCAUUCUCCGAUUUCCAGGAAAUUCAUUUCCAUUUUCCUCUUCACCUUAUCCGAUCCCUAAUUUUCUACUAUAUCAAUCCCCAAUCCGCACCCUUUCCUUUUGAAAUACACUUUGAUUGUAGAAGGCGGAUGGCGUCAAGAUCACUUGCCAAAGAUAUUAUCACUCUUCGCGGCUCAGCAGCAAUCGUGAGCGAGUUUUUUGGUUAUGCUGCGAAUAGCAUUCUUUACAAUCGAGGGGUUUACCCGGAAGAAAGCUUCGCGAAAGUGAAGAAAUAUGGACUUCCAAUGUUGCUUACUCAAGAUGAAGGGGUUAAAUCCUUCAUUUCCAACUUAACAGCCCAGCUUUCUGAAUGGCUGGAAGCUGGGAAGCUACAAAGGGUUGUAUUGGUUGUCAUGAGCAAGGCCACCAAUGAGGUGUUGGAGAGGUGGAAUUUUAGCAUUGAAACAGACAGUGAGGUUGUCGAAAAAGGUGUGUCCAGGGAAAAGAGUGACAAAGAAAUCAUGAGAGAAAUACAAGCAAUCAUGAGACAGAUUGCUUCAAGUAUUACCUACUUGCCGUGCCUUGAUGAACCAUGCGUGUUUGAUGUAUUAGCAUACACUGAUAAAGAUGUUGCAGUGCCAUUCACUUGGAUUGAGAGUGACCCCAAGUUGAUUGCAAAUCCUCAGAUGGUGAAGUUGCAUUCGUUUGAUACUAAGAUACACAAGGUGGACACUCUUGUAUCAUACAAGAAUGAUGAAUGGGACGAGCAGUAGUUUGAUCGGAACUCCCUUUUUCUUUUUCCUUCUCAAUUGUGAUUUGGGAAUCUUCUAUUCACUUGAUACCCACAACUGC